GUAAAAAAAUAUUAAAAAACUGUCCAGGGAACAUUUAGCAUACUACGGUAUGCUGCGUUACCUUAAAAACGCUAACCUAAACACCCACACGGACAUGAUUUCGCACACAACCUCAAAAACCUACUCGCAGUCUUACUAUCGGUGUGGCGGCGAAGACCUUUGAUGACGCCGACAAGCCGCCAGUCGGCGACGAGCUAUUGGAGGAGGUGCGUGUCUCUUUUGCUGUCGGCUGAGUUACCGCAGAUUUAUCGGUUUUUGAAAUAAGACUAAAAUGCCGUUAACACCGGCUGAAAAGCAGAGAAGGUAUAGGGAAAGGCUGAAACUUAAUCAAGAUAAAUAUGAAGAAGCUAAAAAAAACACCGGCAACACUAUCAUCAAACAAAACGGCUUGUUAAAGAUUUAUUACCGCGAGAAAAAAGGAAUGCUAAUACCAUAUGGAGACUGAGACAGAGAGAAUACCGGCAAAGAAAGAAAAAUUUACAAACAAUUACAACUCAAACACCACCAACUUCGCCCUUACCCUUCUUGCAGAAUAUUCAACAUCGAGAAAACCCUACAUCUGCUACUUCAUCAUCCUCAAACUCAGAAAGAGCACAAGCCGAUCGCAGAAUAAAGCGUAUUAGGGCUAAAAUGCAUCGUGAAAAGAAAAAGUUACAAGAAAAAAUGCAAUCAUUAAAGCAAAAAUGCGAAAAAUUGAGGAAAAGAUUAAGCCGCAGCAAGAAAAAGUUUAGGAAAGACGAAGACGAAACUACACAGCUGGAAAAAAAAUACAAACUUCUGACAACUUCCAUUCGGAAAAAAUAUAGGCAAGUAAAAAACAAGAAACAAAAAAUACUCUUAAGGAGUUUACUGAAAGCUGAUGACAUAGUGAACUGUAGGAGUAAAAAUGAGUUGUUGAAUGACGUACUGGGAAUAAACCGGGAGUAUGUAAGCAAGACAACAAUUAACAUCAAUGCUAAUGUUUUAAAAAAGAAAAUACAUAGGUUUUUCUUGCGCGACGAUAUCUCAAGGCCCACAGCUGGAAAAAGGAGACUAUUACCAGGAAUAAAAAUAAAAUGCAGAAGAGAUUCCUUUUGGACACAAUGAAGAGCUUGCACAAACAAUUUAAAAAAGAAAAUCCAGAAACGAAAUGUUCGUACUUCUAUUUCACUAAAAAUAGACCAUUUUUUGUUGUUAAACCUUCCGCAGAUGCCCGCGAAACUUGCUUGUGCAAAACUCAUAUUAAUUUUGCCUACAAGACACAGGCACUAAAAAAACAGGGCAUAAUACAAACUGAUAACUUAUGUGAUGUUAUUAAUGCAUCAGUUUGCGAUAAUCAGUCAAAGAACUGCAUGUAUAAUAGCUGCAAUGCGUGCCAAAAUAAGACACUUACUUAUAAUGAGAACAAAAUAAAAGGCGUAAUUAAAUACAGUCAAUGGAUAAGGAAGGAAGAAGUUUACGAGAAAGAUGGGAAAAAGAUGAAAACGAUAAAAAAUGUUAAAGAAGAGUUAAGUGACAGGAUUGCAAAUUUCCUUAAAUCUUAUGAAAAAGAUUUAGUACAAUUUAAAAAGCAUGUGUUUAACAUAAAAGUCCAGUUCCAUAACUUCCGAGUGUGCCUGAAUAAACUACAACCCAAUGAAGCCGCCAUUGUUGUCGACUUCAGUGAGAACUACAAUUGUAAAUAUAACGAAGAGGUACAAUCGCAUCACUUUGGUGGCUCUAGAAAACAAAUAUCCCUUCAUACUGUAAUGGUGUACACCCACGACCCUGACAAACAAUAUAAACCACAGUCUUUCUGUACCAUAUCUUCGUCCACCUGUCAUCAACCUGCUGCUAUUUGGGCACAUCUGGAUCCUAUCAUACAGUUUAUAAGAAGCGAGCAUAGGUCUGUUGACACAGUACAUUUUUUUUCGGAUGGCCCAUCGACACAAUAUAGACAAAAGCAGAACUUCUAUUUGCUGUGCAAAAAAAUCUUUGAUUACGGUUUCGCUGCAUCAACGUGGUCAUUUUUUGAAGCAGGCCAUGGGAAAGGUCCUGCAGAUGGGGUAGGUGGCUUUCUCAAGCGAACGGCAGACCAAGUCGUAGCAAAUGGGAAGGAUAUCGCUAAUGUUGAUGACUUUAUGAAGCAUUUAAAUAAUGCCAGCAAAAUAAAAUUAUACUUGAUCAAAGAAGAGGAUAUAAGUGCCAUUCAAGAUAACCUACCCAAGGUUAUACCACGAUUGGUUGGAACUAUGAAGGUUCAUCAGAUAUUUACAGAUAACGAACAUUAUUUAAAGUACCGAUCACUGUCUUGUUUCUGCGCAUCGUUCAAGCGAGGGUUUUGUGACUGCUACAACCCACAAAUAUAUAAAAUAAAUACAAAUGAGCCGGUUGCAUCAGAAGAAAAUAUUGUACCAUUAUACCCUGACUUAUCUUCAGACGAUGAAGUGCCCCUUAGUUCACUUAGAGUGCUGAAGGAUAUUCAGAACACAUUACCACGAACUAGUUUUUACCAGAGUGUUUAUGGAAACUAUCCAAGCAGCGAUGAUGAAGAUACACAGGAUUCAUCUGCUAAUAAAGAAAAUUUUGCGAUUUCCAAAAACGAUUCCUUCAUUGAUGGAACAAAUGAGGCACAGCCAUCGUCAAGUUACAAGGAUUGUAGUUCGAAGCAAGUGUCGGUGGAUGACUUUUUACACGUUUUUGUCUAUAGUGAUAAUUUAAAAAAGAAAAGAUACUCAUACGUCUGUAAGGCUUUGACUCCCGUUGAAGAAGACGGAGAGGUGAAAGUAGUGUUCUUACGGGUGGCUGGUAAGAAAGAUGCGAGAUUAUUCAGAUUGGACGAGCGUGACAUCAACUAUGUUGAUUCUGAAGACAUCAUCAAAAUUUUGCCAAAUCCUACAGUAGUAAAGAAGGGACUUCGUGUGUAUUACCAAUUUGAUGUUUCUAUAGACGUUUUUGAGAAAUGAUUGGUCCCAUUAUAGGAUAAACACUUAUUGUUGAUUUUUGAGAGAAUUAUAAAUAAUGUUGAUUCAUUAAUGAUUAAAUUUUGUUAAGAGAUUAUAGACUGAUUCAAAUCUUAUGCCAAAAAAUGUUAGCAUUUUGUUAACCAAUAUAUUUAGAAAAGCUAAUUUGAUAUGGUUACAUUGUAUUUAUGAUUCUUAGCAGACGUGUCUUUUGUGUUACCAAAAUUGUCUCUAGUGUUACCGUCACGUCCUCAAUUUCAAAAUACUAAUUGGCCUUAUCGUGGUCACAUUUUGUUACAAAAUCUAUUCUUUUGUUUUUGUAUAAUUGGAUUAGGAUACGAUUAUCAUAUUUUAUUUACUUAUUAAGCAGACACCAAUCUUGCUACUGAAUUAUAAACAUAAUAAGCAAUAUUUUUAUCCCUAUGGUAACGCAACAUACAUAAAUAUGGGAUUUUGUUAAUUUGUGUGUAACUUAAAUUAAAACUGAACAAAUAAAUAAGU